CACAAAUUGAGUAAUUUUGCGGUUCAAUAGUCGAAUAAAGAUAAUAAUAAUAAUAUGAAGCAUAGACUUUACAUAUUUUUAUUCAUUUUAUUAGUGUCAACAAAAAUAGAUGCUAGAGGUGGUCGAGGUGGGUCUAGAGGCAGAGGUAGCAUGCAUCAUGGUGGUGGAGGAGGUUUAGGAUGGGCUUUUAGUAGUUACUUCGCAGAUUCAUCAGUUUAUGGAAAUAGUUUUGGCACCAAAGGUCUUCCUGACGAUUCAUACAUCUCAAAGAAUGACUAUAGACAUAAAGAAUCAAAUGGAUUCUUAAUAAGUUCUCUGUUCAAUGGAAGAUGGAAUGAAGAAAAGGAUAAAGAAUGGCGGGAAUCAACUCGUGCUCCUUAUUUUGAGAAUAAAAUUCCUGACGAUGAAAAACUAUUUCCUGCUAGUGCUGUUCUUGGCGCAGCAACAGCAUUUGGUCUAGUUACACUACUCCCACUCAAUGUUGCACCUGGAAAGCCUCUAAUGUACUGCGACAACACAAAAUUAAUUCAAUCACAAAUUCGGAUCAACGAUCAAGAUAUUUAUGUCUGCAACAAUAGAAGAAUUGAAAUUUUAUGCAAGAAAAAUUCUGAAAAUUCUGAAUGCUUAAAUGAGGAAUUGCAAUGUGAUUUACAUCAAGGAAUUACUGAUAAUAUUUACUGCUCACAAAACACACUGCUUAGUAGAACUUAUCUCUUCUGCAGCUCAACAUCAACAAUUCACAAAAAUGAUUCAAAUGAAAAUGUGACAAUUGUGAAUUGCUUUGAAGGCCAACUUCCAAAAAGUCGAGUAUCAUUUAUUCCUACAACUACAACGACCACAGAAUCACCAUUUUUCACACCAACUCCUAAGCCUUUGUCUUUAAGUGCAAACGUUCACAUUUUCCUAAUUAAAUUAAUUGGCAAACAUGAAGCUUUAGAAACGACAACACGAGAAUCAUAUCCAGUCACAGAAGAUAAUUAUGCAUGGUAUCCAGAAGCAUUAACAAUUCCUCCAGAAACAACAACUCAAAAACCUAUUCAAACAACAACAAAGCUUCCAUACGUAUGGAUGGAAAAAGUAUACGUAUACCAUGAAAAUGGAACUGUUGAAACAACGUUUCGUCCUGCUCCUAUACACUACCAACCUUAUUCUUUUAAAACAGAUCCAAUUAUUCUUCCUAAUUGGUACCAAAUCUACACAACAUCUACUGAAGCAUUUAAAGAAACCACAACUGAAGCAACGACUAAGAAACCUUACACAUGGAUGCGAAAGGUAUUUUCAAGUGAUCAUGGAGACGCAGAAAAAUUAGAGCCUGUGCCAAAAGAUUUGGUUGAAAUAGCUGAGCAAUUUAGUCCAUUCUUUCCCUCAAAUUGGGUUAAAGUUUCUAAUGGUAAAAUUUUGGAAACAACGACUGAAAGUUUUUGGUGAUUUGUUAAGUGUUAGAGUGAGUAUUAUCGUGUAAAUAUUUUUUGGAAGCAUCCAUUGUCGGUUUUGAAAGCCCAAUUAUUUAAAUUUUUUAAAAAAAAUAAAGUUUGAACAAAAUGUAAAAUUUGUAGAUGC